AUCUCCGCUCUUUUCGUUCUCAAUUCUUUUUCUUGUAAAAAAAAAAUUCUCCUCUUUCUCUCUCUUUCCUUGUUAUUAUUACUCGCUCACUUCUCAAUCAAAGGGGAGAGAGUGAGUGAGUGAAAUUGGGAGAUUUGAGGAUUGUCGAUGACGAUGGAAGGAGCUAAUGAGAACAGAGGAAUUGUUAAGCCGGUGAAUUUUAGAGAGAUGGGGACUAGGAGAGCCCUGAAGGAUAUAAAGAAUUUGGUUGGGGCUCCUCCUUACCCUUGUGCAGUUACUAAAAGGGCUUUGACAGAUAAGAAUGUAAUUGCUGACGAGAACCAGGCCAUCGCAACCCGGCGACCAAUCACAAGGAAGUUUGCUGCUUCAUUGGCAAAUAAACCACAACCUAAUCUUGAGGAUGCAAGUAAUAAGCAUGGGAUUAUUGGGAUUGAGAAGCACAAUAAACCUACUGACGUGGAGUUUGAUCGCUCAGUCAAUGACUUGUCGAUGAUCGAGGAUUCUGAGGAAAUGGAGGAUUGCAACAUUGUCAAGGAGAUCGUGAUGGAGGAUUUAGUUGCGGAAAGUGCGAUGGAUAUUGACAAAUGUGAUGCAAAUAAUCCGAUGGCUGUUGUUGAGUACGUAGAUGAUAUAUACAACUACUAUAAGCGAGUUGAGGUCUCCGGCUGUGUAAGUUCUGAUUACAUGUCAAACCAGUUUGACAUCAAUGAGAAAAUGCGAGCUAUUCUCAUCGACUGGCUGAUAGAGGUUCAUUACAAAUUUGAGCUUAUGGACGAGACACUAUAUCUCACUGUCAACAUCAUAGACCGAUUUCUAGCAAGGCAAUCUGUCAUUAGGAAGAAGCUGCAAUUGGUUGGAGUUACAGCAAUGCUUCUUGCUUGCAAGUAUGAGGAAGUAUCGGUUCCAGUCGUCGAGGAUUUGAUCCUAAUCUCUGACCGAGCUUACAAGAGGGAAGAAGUACUUGAAAUGGAGAGAUUGAUGGUGAACACUUUGCAAUUUAACAUGUCGGUGCCAACUCCCUAUGUUUUUAUGAGGAGGUUCUUGAAAGCAGCUGAAUCUGACAAAAAGUUGGAGCUCCUUUCCUACUUCAUCAUCGAGCUUUCUCUUGUCGAAUACCAAAUGCUCAAGUUCCAGCCUUCACUGUUGGCCGCUGCAGCCAUUUACACUGCUCAGUGUAGUCUAAAAGGCUUCAAGCAUUGGACGAAGACCAGCGAGCUACACACUGCGUAUACAGAGGAUCAACUUCUUGAGUGUUCGAGACUGAUGGUGGAUUUUCACCAGAAGGCUGGGGCUGGGAAGCUCACUGGCGUUCACAGGAAAUACAGUACUUUCAAAUUCGGAUGCAUGGCGAAAUCUGAACCUGCUCUUUUCUUGCUGGAUACAAGACUCUAGUGUUUUGACAUAGAUUUUCAUGAGGGGGGGUUUGACAUAUGACGGCUAACCUAAGACGGGUUCUUAUAUUCUGGCAACAAUCAAUGACGCAACGGCGUGCAACGUAAGUUGCGUAAAUUUUGGCAACUGAAGUUGCAUUGAAACUGCAUUUUAUGUUUCUCGAAAUCUCAUACAGUCUCUUGUUUGCUGAUGAGUAUAUAUUAUCAGGGUUUCUUAGUUUAUAUGCUCGAGGUGAAUGUUCGACACUUGUAAAGUGACAUUAAUGUGUUUAUUAUGUCGUCGUUAAGUGGUCGAAAUAAGAGGUAUUCUUUUAUAAAGAUUUCUUUUUUUCCUCCUU